CUUGACUCGACAGCUUGAUAGGAAGGGGCGAUCCUGAACGGAACCGAGCUCAUUUCUGCCCAACGUUCACGGAGAGCGUGUUCGUUGGUUCUGAUGAAAGAACUCAGCCGUAACUCGGGUGUGUUUUAUAACCCGGGCUAACCAUCCUCCCAUAUGCGCUGACACGUAUCCAGAUACUACACACGGGUGGCGGAGGGAGCAUUUUACUUGGUUGCUUUGACACAUUGUGAAUAUAAAGCCUACAAGACACGCGAAGGAAGAUGUUGCUGAAGGAGUACAGGAUAUGCAUGCCUCUCACAGUGGAAGAGUACCGGGUUGGGCAGCUGUACAUGAUCAGUAAACACAGCCACGAGCAGAGUGAUAGAGGGGAAGGAGUGGAGGUCGUCCAGAACGAACCGUAUGAAGAUCCGGCACAUGGCCAAGGACAGUUCACAGAGAAACGAGUCUACCUCAACAGUAAAUUACCCACCUGGGCUCGAGCAGUGGUUCCUAAAAUCUUCUAUGUGACAGAGAAAGCGUGGAACUACUAUCCUUACACCAUAACAGAAUAUACAUGCUCAUUCCUGCCCAAGUUCUCCAUCCACAUAGAGACAAAGUACGAGGACAACAAAGGAUGCAAUGACAAUAUCUUUGAUACAGAGCUGAAAGAGCAGGAGAGGGAGGUGUGUUUUGUCGACAUCGCCUACGAUGAGAUCCCUGAGCGCUACUAUAAAGAGUCUGAGGACUUGCGAUAUUUCAAGUCAGAUAAGACGUCGCGGGGGAUUCUUCAGGAGGGCUGGAGGGACACCCAGGAUCCCAUCAUGUGCUCAUACAAACUUGUCACUGUCAAGUUUGAAGUGUGGGGUCUGCAGACACGUGUGGAGCAGUUUGUGCACAAGGUGGUUCGGGAUGUGCUGCUGCUGGGACAUAGACAGGCAUUUGCCUGGGUAGAUGAGUGGAUUGACAUGACAAUGGAUGAGGUGAGAGAAUUUGAGCGCACCAUCCAGGAGGCCACCAACCAGAAGAUUGGGAUUUUUCCACCGUCAAUCUCCAUCAGCGACACACCCUUGUCCUCCUGUUCCCUCACUGGCCCUGCCAGCGCCCCCUCCACCCCUAUGUGCACUGAUGCGCCUGAGCACCUUCCUGUCCCAAAGGACCGACCACGAAAAAAGUCUGCUCCAGAAACCCUGACCCUUCCCAACCCUGCCCCAAGUCGCGUCCCUCAGGGCUCUACCCUGAGCCCACUACCAGAUUCAAACCACCUUCAAUCGUCCACACCACCCUCCCCCAACUGUGAUCAUGCUGAGAUUGACUAGAGAGAACUUGGGAUGGCUUUCCCCGCCCCAACCCUUAGUAGCCCGACAAGUCUAACCUAACCUUCUAACACCAGUGGCAAGACAUUUAAGUUUUCUAGCCAUAUCUAAUGAUUUGCCAUAAUCCUGGACACACAAUUGUCAAUCACAAUAUAUGUCUACAUCAGUGUCACUGAUACCAUCCAGGCAGCUGUAGGCUUAGCCAUGCUGUUGUGGCUGAAAUCAUCUUCCUUUGUGUCUAGCCAGCCACGUGUCUCGUCUAUUAUUAUAACAACAACCUGUGAUGUCUAAUCGAAACAGAAUGCAUCCCUAAUUAUUUUUGUAGAGCGGCAGUUCUUUGUAUAUGAAUAAAUUAUUCUUAGUGUUUCCUUAGUUAUGUUUUCUUCAAUCAGACAAGCUGAUUGCUUUCAAACUGUUGAACUAUGAAGUAGUUGCCUUACCACAGAGCCAUUGGUGUUUAUUAGUCUUGACAUCGUUUGCAAAUGAAUGCCUGACAAAUAUUUUGAUUUUUCAGUCUGUAAAAUGGCUGUGUAUAUUAAAUUAGAAAUUAAAUCAAUUA